GGGUUAAUAGAGAUGGGGCCUGCACACCUGGAUCAGAGAUGCAGCUGAUGAAACUCAUGUCCAGUCAGUUAAGAAAGAAGCAUUUCUUGGUUGUGAAGCUACUCAAGCCACAUGUGCUAAAGCACCUAAAGUUUAUAUGACACAGGUUCAAAAAGAUUCAUUACCGGCCCCUUACACUGAAAAUAUGUCUUCAGAAAUUCAGGAUAAAAAUUCUUCAUCACAAACAAUUGAAACUACAGACACAAUAUGCCAAGAACCAAAGAAUUCAAGCUAUUUAAAAGUAGGAACAACUGUUUCUAAGCAUCCAACUCCUAAAUGCUAUGAACCUGCAAUUGUUAGCACUGGUCAGUCCACAGUAACAAAGUUUUCUGAACCACUGACCCUAAACAGUAAUGAAAAAACAGGUGAUCACACCAAGUCCCAAAGAUUAGAGUCAUCAGAGCCACAUCAUCCCAUGUCUGAAGUUGGCCAAAUUCCUUGCAACUCUGAACCAGCUACAGCAACAUACCCAAAGGACAGUUUAACACCUCUUCCCACCUCUGCUUCUUCAGAGUCUAAUCCAGAAACCCAGUCUUCAGUCCAGCCAAAUCCUCUUGUAGUUUGCCAAGAACAGACUGUAUCAAAUUCAGUCUCAUCAUGUACAGGCUGUCAGGAAAUGCAACCUACUUCACAUAUGGAUUCAGCCCCAUACUCUGGUACAAAUUCAUCAUACAUUGAUGUGAGUGGUCUAGAGCUUUUAUCUCAAAGUAUUCUGCAACAUGCAGAUAGACUCUCAGAAUUACCACAGGAGGAACAAAGUGCAGAUGGUCCACUUGUCCAGGAAGAAACCCCGGAAGAUGGCUAUUGCUCAUCACAGGAGAAAAUUCAAGAAGAUGAUUGUACUUACCCAGGGCAAGAUGAAUUGCCUGAGGAGAAGUGUAGUUCACCAUGCAAGGAGACACCACCUUAUGAAUAUGCCUCUGAUGGGGAAUAUGAGAGUAGUAUAGAAAAAGGUGAAGAUUGUUCUGAUGAGCACGAGUCACCUGCAAAUAAAGAUGAAGUAAGUCCAAGAGGUGAAAUUGUUUCAGAAGAAGGAGAUGUGAAUGGGAUUGCAGGAAGUAGGAUGCAUGAGCUGGCAAAAGCUUGCAUAAUGGAUAUUUCUCGUCUCCAGUCACCUGCAACUUCACCAUCACAAUAUGCUGAACCUUCUUCACCUGUAUCUCAGUCUGACCCACUUACAGGCCUUCAUGGCCUCAGCCUUUUGUGUGCCUUAGCUGAGCAACGCAUCCUGGAGGAGAAGAAUGUGGCUUGCACAGCCCUGUCUUCCCUGGCUGAUGUGGCAGCCACAUCCCCAAGUGUUCCCACACGCCCAUUGGAACGCUCACCUUCGCCACGCUCACCUUCACCACAGCCAGGCCCAAGUACUGAGACAAGAUGUUUAAGAUCAAGCACUUUUAGCCAAACAGCUGAUAAACCAGUAUUUGGAUCUUCUACUUUUGGAACUGUUCAAAACUCAUAUAUCACUCCAGUAAAGACCACAGAUGUAAAUAGAAAUUACAAAAGCCCUCAGUCUGAAAGAGAAGCAAAAGCUUUCAUUGCUAACAAAGCUUCACAGUAUCAAAAAGAAUCAACUGUAGGUUUUAAAGUACCAUUUGGAUUUCCUGUUGAUUCAAUGGAUGCAGCUGAGCUUGAUAUGCGUAUGCAACUGGCUGAAUUGCAGAGGAAAUAUAGAGAAAAGCAACGUGAACUUUCGAGACUUCAGCCUAAGAAAGUGACAGCAAGCCCUGCAAAAAGAAAACCAGGCAGACCACCCAAAAGAAAGGUUCAUAACAAUGAUGUCCCUGGCAAAAAGAAGGUUGGAAGACCUCCAAAUAAGAAGAAAAAGUCAGUACAAAAGGAACUUUCACCUCCAGUGCUAGAAAGAGUAACAGACCUUCAGAUAAAGAGUACAACCAAAGAUAGUGAUGAAGAGAAAGAAGAGUCACACAGUGCCAGCAGAUCAAUACUUAAACCACCAGUUCUUACAGCAACAUUUUCAAGCCAUGUCACCCACAAUGGUAACCAGUACACACCACCAAAAUCUGUUGAAACACAGGCAUCCACAGAAAAGGAUGAAUCAAGUGAUGAUGAUACAGAUAAAGAGAAAAAUAGAAGAUGGUCUAUUUCAUCAGAAGACACAGCACUUCCACCACUGAGACCACCUUUCAAGCUACCCACCACUACACCUGAAACACGUCUAGAAGAGAGUGAGGAAGAACAAGCAAAAUAUAGUCUAAGUGACUCUUCAGCCCGAGAAUCGAAAGCUUUGCACACAGAAACUUCUGUUGAAUCAUCGCCUUCAGAUCUUGAGCAGCAGCCAGCAUCAGCCUCAUCAUCAAAGAAACGGAAGCCAGGCCGGCCCAAGAAACACUCACCAACGAAGGAAGAUGCUACUGAAACCAUAGUUGCUAAAAAACCAAAGUCUCUGAAUCUCCUGCUUCAUCGUCCACUGCUCUCACACAAGCCAAAAAUGCGUCCAAAGUUGAAAGCUGAAGUUAAGGUACGAGAGGGUGAUCAGGAAGAAGAAGAAGGAGCAAAUCGAGUACACUACUCCAUGACCAGUACUAAUGAAACACCAACCAAAGACUUGUCUGAAGAUGAGGAUCACCAAUCGCCAUGUUUGGUAAAGUCUGAAGGCAUUCGAGGGGCUCAGAGAAGAUUAGUGCCUCGUAGUCGAACAUCUAUUACCAGAAGAGCAAUGCUUAGAGACAAAGAGAAGAGGAAGAGUGCAGCAGAAAAGCAGUCAGUGAUGGAGGCACUUUAUAGGUCCCUCAAGAAGCACUCAACAAUGGCUGCAGCGGAGCACGAUGAAUCGGAAGAGGAGAGAGACCGUGACGAAAAGGAAACCGAGAAAGUGGAAGAGGAAGCGUCUGCCAGUGACCAUGAGACUAGUCAAGAAGUAUCAUCAGGAGACACUGUGGCCAUCUCUACCACAUCUACUACAACCACAACUGUCACCACAACCACUACCACAACAGCAAGUACAACUACAACUGCAACUACAACUACUGAUGCUACAAGACCCACCAUGCAAACACCAGAACCAAAUGUUUGUGUUAUUGAAGUGGGUGAUUUAGUAGACAAAGCGAGAGUGUUGGUGCUGCAGGAUGGUCUGCUGUACGCUGGCUAUGUAGUUCCCAUGACACCUCCUGAUGUGUAUGGAGUUGUGAUAGAUGGAGAACGAGGCUCACGUCCACAUAUAUACUGUCGAGAAGAACUGCUUGAGCAGUCAUGGAAGGAAGUGAAGCCUGGUUCGACGAGGUUCCUCAAAGAAGGAACCCGUGUUUGUGCCUUUUGGUCACAGCAGUACCGAGGCCUUUAUCCAGGAAUGGUAGCUGCUUCCUCUUCCCCAGCACAUGAAGCCAAUCAUAACUUUGUGAAUGUGGAAUUUGAUGAUGGUGACUCGGGGAAGAUUCAUGUGGAUGAUAUUCGUCUUUUACCUCCAGAAUUCCCCGUUCUGGGUAAGUAUUACGACCCCAACCCUCUGAUGACCCUCCAAAAGAGAAAACGGAGACCUACAGGUGACAGCCUCCCUGAGAUCAAGGAGGAACCUCCCAAGACAAGACAGAAAAAGGUGAAGGCGACCACUGAAAAUAAUGUUGAAGAUGACACUCUUCAUGAUCCAAACGAUGUUAACAACGAAGUAGAAAAGGAAAACAAAAAGAGCAGUGUAAAUAUAAAGAAAACAGAGAAGGAAAAUGAGGAAAAGAUUAUUAAGAAAACAAAUAAGAAGGGAGAUAAGAAAAAGCACAAGAAGCAUAAACACACAGAGUCAUCACAUCACCAUCGCCACAGACACAAGAAUAAGCACAAGCAUAAACAUCGUGAAGGAGACAGACCACUCCCACACAUUGAACCUGGGAUAAAUGAACUUACCAUGAGAAUCAAGUCUCCUCCACCACCCUUGGGAGAAACAAGAAAACGCUCAUACCAGGAGGAGUCAGAGUCAGAAUUGGAUAGUUCAUCAUCGAAGAGUGCCACUGAGGAGGACUCUGAAGAGAAUGAUUCUGAAUACACUCCCUCAAAGAAGGAAAAGGUUAAGACUCCAGCAAAGCGUAAGAAGAGACAUCCCUCGGGCAAGUCAAAGAUUGCACCUUUUCUUCCUGAAAGACAGUUGUGGAGAUGGUCUGGCAAAGGAUUCAAAAGACCUGGUGCAAAGGGCAAAGGCAAAAAAGAAUUCUUUAAGGCUAUAGUUAGAGGAAAAGAAAUGAUACGUGUUGGAGAUUCUGCUGUGUUCUUGUCUGCUGGCCAACCCGACCGUCCAUACAUUGGAAGAAUCGAACUUAUGUGGGAAUCAUGGGGAGGAAACAUGGUGGUUAAAGUCAAGUGGUUCUAUCAUCCUCAGGAGACUAAGGGACUUGGACGGAGGCUAACUGAACCAAAGGGGGCUUUGUUCCAGUCUCCUCAUACAGAUGAAAAUGAUGUUCAGACCAUUAGUCAUAAGUGUGACGUCAUUGCACUGUCUGAGUAUCGAAUCAAGCGACGAGAGCAAGAAAAGCGGUACGGACCAAACUGUGAAAAUUAUGAUAUUUAUUACCUAGCUGGCUCUUAUGACCCAACCACAGGACACAUUACCAUGGAGCCAGGUGUGUCAUGAAGAUCCUGGCACAUCAGUUUAAGAUUAUUGUGAUAAGAGUGAAGUGAGUAAAGUCAGCUGAAAGAAUAUCAUGAUUCCCUUCAUCUCAGAAAAGUGACAAUUAGUGUGUGGUGUGACUAAAGGUUACAUUCCUCAGUCAUGUUGGUUAAUAAGAUAAAACUUGUGGGAAGUAAAUGAUUUGAUCACGGUGAAGGAUGGUUGCAAAAAGGUUGUCCUUGAGAAUGAAAUGAAGAGCUUAAGGAAUAGAAUUUUUAAAGAGUUUAUUUUUCUCAAGUCUGAAGAGGGCAGUUCCAGUUGCAUAUAUGAUAGAUGUUUCAACAAGAAAAUGGAUACAGUUAUAGAAUUGUGAAGUAGUUUGCAUGAUAAUGGAAAUCUUUGGUAAUAGAUUAGUACAUGUCUUUCUCAAGACAUUUAUAAACAGUAACAAUGUUCUAAUGUGAAUUUUAAAAAAAUGGCAUAUAUUUAUAAAGCAUUUAAAAUGUCAUACUUCUGGAAACUGUAAAAGUAUGAUAGAAGAAAUGGUUUAACCCUUAUGCUUAACAUAUGUGUUUACAAGUGUGAUCAAAGUGAUAUAUUUGAUUUUAGAAAAAAGCAAUUUAGGCCCUCUGGAGUCAAGUAGAGCAGUCAGUAUUGUAGAUUCAUCUUCAGGGGAUUUUUAUUCUUGGUAAUUUUGACUUUAGGCUAUUAGACGGUGGAUUGCUUAUGGACAAUCACUUGAAUCUGCAAAAUCACUAUGAGAAAUCUAUGGUUUUUGUUAAUAUACUUUUUGGAGUGUGAAAGAUCAGAGGUGUCCUUCCAACUACCCAAAUUUUGCCUUUAUCUCACAACACCUUUUAGAUUUUAAGGAUUUUUAUCAUAUACAUGAGUACCUGCAAUAUUUUAUAUAGAUACUUUAUUGUGUGGAUCAUAAUAUCUAAACAAAUAGAUAUCUAUGGCUGCAUUAUGAUUAGAACCACUGCUAGUGUUUAAAAGCUUAUUUUCUGGUCCUGCAAUAAUGUGUUGCAUGGCACUACCAGUGAUAAUGACCAAUGGCAAUUGUAGCAUCUUGUACAAGUGUGGAAGAGUCGUUGAAGGCCUUUCCUUGCCGAUUUUUCUUCUUUUUUUCUUGCUUGGUCUAGAUUAAUUUAUGUUAAAUUUCAGUGAUUUCUUUUGUGUUGAUUGCAUGUUGAACUGAUUUAAAAGAACAUUAAUGUGUACAGUAGAUAUUGUUUGUGUUAAAUGUCUUACAAGUUUCUUCAUGUCUUCAGUGAUGAGGAAGACUUAGAUUAGCUUCUUAGUUGAUAAAAUGGUUGUAUAUUUUACAUUUUGCCUAUAGUGCGAAAGGCUUUUACAGAGCUCUGACAUGGAUGCUUUAUGUUUCCCAUCAAAAGACAUUGACUAAUUAUUAUGACAAUUAAUUCAAUGUUACAAUGGAUCUCAUAUGAUAUAUACAAUAUAUAGUGACUGUAGGAAUCUAACAAACAAUUUCAGAAUAUCCCAUUUUGUGUUCAUAGGAUUCAAAUUCUGCAAGAGCAUGUCAGCUAGAACAAAAAUGGUUAUUUAACAGUGAAAUAUAUAAUUUUGAUAUCUGUAAUUAAGAGCAUUUGUUCUAGAUGUGAUUGUUUUCUGAAGUGACAGUCAUUUAAAGUGCUGUUCCAGAUUUUGGAUGGUCUAGUUUAGGGUGCUAAACUUAUCCCAAAAUGACAUAUGUUACCAUGCAGCAUACUAACACACAGAACUGUAUUAACAUCAGAUUUGUUUUCCUUCUUUCUCUUCUUUCUUGAAACAGUUUAAGGAUAAAAAUGCUUUUGAUGAAAUGGUAAGAUAUCAUAUGCCAAGGUUUUAUUAUGUUAGGUAGAGUGGACCUUCUUCUAGAGUGAAAUUGCUUUCUGUUGAUUUAGAUUAUUGCUGUUUAUUUACAGUUAUGUGGAUAAUCAGUUUUAUGGCUAUUAAGGUCAGGAAUGGUUGCUUUAGGGGAAAAUGAAUGAUGCAAUUAGUUAUACAACAGUGUAUAUAAUGUUGCAUACAAGUCGUUUGCUUGGUUUUACACAAACCUAUAGAACUGCGUACAUAAGAAGAGUUCUGUGAAUUAAUGGAACUUCCCAUAAUGAUGCCCUUCACUAAGUAGAACACAUUUCUAUUUUAGAUUGGCACCAUUUCACUGAAUGUGAUAAUAUGUGAACAACUUACUCUAGCAUUAUGAAUUGAUUAAGUUUGCUUUAUACUAGAAAUGACAGAUUGUGGUGACGUAUUUGAGGUAUUACAGGAUUCUAAGUAAUCAUCUUUGUAUACUGGAAAUACAAGUAAACUGUUUUAAGACAGUGUGUCGGCAGCAGAUUUCAGAUGAUAAAAUAACUAUUUUAACAAAAUCAAAUUAAACUGGAUUCUCUAGAUGCACUAUUUUGACCCCUUCAGGACUAAGCAAAAAAUAUUUUUAUUAUAGAUUUUACAGCAUAUUUUCUUUAUGAUAAAUGUGUCAUGUUUCAAAAUUUAUUAUUUUUUACAUCUAACACUUUUAUUAUAUUUAUUUGUAGGCAAUAUUUGAAAACUAACUUCUUUGCACAGCUCUAGAAUAAGAUGAACUAAAUGCUCAAUUAUGUGAAUACCAAAUAGUGUUAAAAUUUAUGCAUGGAGUACAAAUGCAUACAAGUAAACUGUAACAGGUAAUUUCCUGAAGGGGUUACAAUAGCAAUACCCACUCUAAAGCAAAGAAUUCAAAUAAAUAGUUCUCAGUCACUUUCAGCAACAUGCAAGCAUUGAUAACUGAUGGAGGAUUUUCAUAUGAACAAAAGCAAUGGGUAACCAGACCCACUGUAAGAGUACUUUCAUUUAACUUUCUGACAAAUCCACUGGUAACAAAAUAAGCAGUCAGCCUCAUCAAAGACAUUGAAAUAGUUUAUUUUUAACCCCUGCCCCCCCCCCCCACCCACUCAUUCAAGCUAAUCUUAAAAACAAACCAAAUGUUCACUUCUUGAAAAUCACUAAUAUGAGAUUAAAGUGGAAAAUUUAGCAACUAAAUUUAAUGCCAAUUUUAUUUCAAACAAAGCUGUUUAUGUAUGUGUAUACUGUAUACAUACUGUGUAUGUUUGUGUGUGGGUUUGUGUGUGAGUGCAUGUGUGAGUGUGUGUGUAAGUAUGUGUGUGUGAGUGUGUGUGCGUGUGUGUGUGCGUG